AUGAGCAAUGGAAGGCGAGAUUGUGAAGAAUGCUAUCCAGACAAAGAACACCCACUUGCCGGGGUGAUUCUUUGCUUCACAUCCAUCCUUCCUGAACAGAGGUCAAAGCUCGCCGAAAUUGCUGGUCAGAUGGGAGCUGUUCACAAAUAUGACUUGACCUCAGACGUGACCCAUCUUCUAGUCGGCGAAACAAAUACCGAGAAAUAUAAAUUCGUGGCCCGCGAACGCACUGAUGUGUUGGUAUUGGUACCGGAAUGGAUUGAAGCUGUCAGACAAUCGUGGAUGGAUGGAGGUGAUACGGACUUGCACGCCUUGGAGCAGAAAUACAGAUUACCUACAUUUCAUGGGCUGUCCAUAUGCGUUACGGGGUUUGAAGACCCAUCAUAUCGCAACUAUCUACAAGAAACAGCCAUAGCAAAUGGCGCCGAUUUCCGCAAAGACCUCACCAAAACUGUCACACAUCUUAUUGCUCAACAUGCUAGCGGUGCGAAGUAUAAGUUUGCAACGCAAUGGUCGAUAAAAGUUGUCAGCGCGAAAUGGUUUAGCGACAGCCUGGAGCGAGGGAUGAUUCUAGAUGAGACCCGCUAUGAUCCACUACUUCCGCCUCAAGAACAGGGCGUCGGAGCUUGGAAUCGUGGCCAAAUGCAAGUGCCUGUCAAGAGAAAGACGACGACAGAAUCUUCCAACACUCGAUCGCGUAAAUUGCGGAGAGUAACGAGUAGCAAACUCGGCGAUCAAAAUGAAGGGAUAUGGGGUGAUAUAAUAGGCAGUGGAUUUAGUUCCUCUGAAAAAGUCAAUUCUGUCUCGCUCGAUAAAGACGCCUCAUCGAACUCAGAGACGAAAAAUGCCUCGGUUGCUCCAUUGAACAAUGAGCUGCUUGCAGGUCUCCCGAGUCCAGACGAUGCCGAGGAACACACAUCUUCGGAACAAAAAGGCUUCCUACAGAACUGUUACUUUUAUAUCCAUGGAUUCUCAUCUAAACAAGUGGACGUACUUCGACAUCAUCUGGGGAUGAAUGGAGCAAACAUUGUCCAACAUCUCAAUGACUUUUCGAGCUCGAACAUACCUAAGAACGGAAAUGGUUUAUACAUAAUCUCAUCAUAUAAAACACCCCGAUCUGAGGUUCCUUCCACGGAUGACAAGGGUUUCAGCUGCGAACUAGUCACCGACAUGUGGCUGGAACGUUGCCUGGAUGCAAACGCUUUUGUUUCGCCAGAGACACACGUUACCAGUACUCCAUUUCCACAUAUGCCAUUACAAGGCUUCCAGGGACUGAAAAUUUGCUCCACGGGCUUUGCUGGUAUUGAUCUCCUGCAUAUAUCUAAGAUGGUAACUGUGAUGGGUGCUAAGUAUGAGGAGUACCUCACACCCAAUGUUUCAGUUCUCAUAAGCAAUGACUCACAAACUACAAAUACUGAAAAGAUCAGACACGCGUUAGAAUGGGCAAUACCUGUCGUGUCUGCUGACUGGCUCUGGAUCUCCGUACAAUCGGGGAAGAGAAAAGUCUUCGAACCGUACGCAUUGCUCAAAUCAGGUCUGAAGAGAGAAGCGAGUCAUGAGCAGUCGAAAAGCGCACAUAAUAGCUCCGACAUCACACAUAAGUCAUCUUUGUCGCAGUCGGAAGCAGAUGCCGAUUCUCGUACUCGGCAGACAUCGGUUGCCGCUUCUGAAAUGGGUGAUCUGGUAGGUGAAGCACAUCGAUCAGCGAAACAAUCCGUGAAUGACGGUCAGAAGGACUCUCUGCCAUCUGUUCCUCAACCACCUAAAGGAGACAGCGAUAAUAAGGACAAUCAAAGAACCAGGAAGACCCCUCCAGAGGACGGUGACACUUCCGCCCAUUUUCAUAGACCUUCUGAAAACUUAGAAUCCUCAAUGAACAGAUUUCUCAUGAAGGCGAGGGAACUCACGCGUCCAAGGAGCAUUCUUGGUGGGGAAAAUGGAACCCGACGGCGCCGGCCAAACUUGGGAAGAACGAACUCAUCGUCAUCUAAAAAUGAGUUCAAAAGAACAGACUCUCGAGUCAGUGUCAGUUCUAUCGAUACCAUGAACGAAGACGGAUACGGCAGUGCAGUGAGUGCUGACACCGAUGGGAAUAAUCCGCUCACGGCCAAGCUAUCUCGAAUUUCCACCGGUCAGAGCUUGUCUUCCCUGUUGAGCAGCAGUAGAUUCACCAAAUAUAUUGACUCCCCAAUACCCGAGAAUGAUGGACUCUUAGACGACGAGAAUGGGACCCCUGCGAUGACUCAACUCAACUACGAAGACCCUAGUGCAAUGGCCGCACGAGAAGAGAUAAUGAGGCUUGCUCGCAGAGGAAACGUCGACGAGGCGCAUGUUAUUGGAAUAUUAGAGCAAAAAGAAGCCAUUCAGCCUCAGGCGGUUACAGAUGAAUUUCCUCAACUUGUUAACAAACAAGGAGGGCGUAUGAUGGCUAGACGGACGCGAAGAUCUGCUGGCAAGCAACAGGAGGAUGACUUUUUAUGA